UUGACUUGUGUAUCGUAACCGGCAGCGGUUUAUCUCGGCUCCUCGUAUCUCGCCGUGAGAUAACGCCGCAAAUGGGCUGCACAGCGCCGCCUAGCGCUCACUCGCGGAUCGACUUCAACGCACUUCGCAACUCUCGCCGUCUGGUACACGCCAGAAGCUCCCGUGUGCGUGACCGUUGAAGAUGGUGCUGCUGUUAGUAAUGGCGGUGGUACUGGCGGUGUACUUCUGGAGGAGGUUAACUGCUCCAGAAGAGGAGUCGUUCGACCAGCGGAAGCUGGAAGAGGCCUGGUGGGGACCUGGAGAACCAAAGCAGGUGGACGAGUCCAUCCGGCCCUUCACCAUCGACAUCCCAGACAGUGUCAUACAAGACUUGCACGAAAGGCUGAAAGCCACGCCGAAGCUGACGCCGCCGCUGGAAGGGGUAGGCUUCGAGUACGGCUUCAACUCCGAGUACCUGCACGACUUGGUGGAGUUCUGGCGGACGCGGUACGACUGGAGGGAACGCGAGAAGUUCCUGAACCAGUUCCCGCAGUUCAAGACGACCGUGAGCGGCCUCGAGCUGCACUUCAUCCACGUGAAGCCGGCCGACGUCCCUCAGGGCACAGUGGUGGUGCCGCUGCUACUGCUGCACGGCUGGCCGGGCUCCGUUAGGGAGUUCUACUCGCUGCUGCCGCUCCUCACCACACCCAGGAAGGGCGAGGGAUUCGUCUUCGAGGUGGUGGUCCCCUCCCUGCCUGGGUACGGCUUCUCGCAGGGCGCGGCCAAACCCGGGCUCGCCUGCGUGCAGAUGGCGGCCGUCAUGAAGAAGCUCAUGCAGCGACUGGGCCACAGCAAGUUCUACGUCCAGGGCGGAGACUGGGGGUCCGGGAUCGGGACCGCCUUUGCGCAGUACUUUCCCAGCUGUGUGCUGGGACUCCACGUCAACAUGUGCCACGACAGCGGGCCCAAGGCGAUGCUGAAAGGCCUCAUCGGCUCCCUCUGGCCGACGCUGUUCGUGGAGCGCCGCUACGUCCACAAAGCGUUCCCUUUCUGGAAGCUCUGGCUCAACACCGUCCUCCUGGAAAUGGGAUACUUCCACCUCCAGGCUUCGAAGCCAGAUACCAUAGGACUGGCUCUGCAGACGACCCCUGUGGGCCUGGCGGCGUACAUCCUGGAGAAGUUCUCCACCUGGACGGAUCCGUCCUGGAAGUGCCUCCCGUGUGGAGGUCUCACCAAGAAGUACGAGAUGACAGACCUGCUGGACAACGUCAUGAUCUACUGGGUCACCGGCUGCAUCACCACCUCCGUCAGGCUCUACUCUGAGCACUUCAGCAAAGCGGCCAGAGUUGGCCGCAAGCGAGUCAUCGAGAGGUACCCGCCGACUGCCGUGGCGCAGUUCGAGCACGACAUCUUCUUCACUCCCGAGUGGGUGGCCCGGGACGUCCACCCCAACCUGGUGCGCUACAACGUCUUCCCCAACGGAGGACACUUCGCCGCCUUCGAGGAACACAAAGUGCUGGCCGAGGACAUCUGGGAGUUCGUCAAGUCUGUACACGUGUAGCGUGUGCGAUUACUUGGGUGUCCAGAGUUACGAGUCUCACACUGUACAGUCGAUUUCUUUCAGUGACAUUAAAAUUUGCUGUUUUCCAUACCCUCCUGAGGUCCAAAGGGGUUUUUCUUUAAUUUCUUUUAGAAUAUUCUCUUUUUGGCGCCAGAUAUGCAUAAAAUAAUAUUAAAAAAGGAUUUUUUUUUGCAAUUUUACUUUUUUCAGAACGGCUGGUACAGUAUCCUGAACUUCGGGUCUCAAGCAUUGCUUUUGUGUGUAGUCCAGUAUACUGGACCGUGGGCCUCAGGAGGUAAAUUACAUACCUGUGUUUAUUAUUUGUCACCUACUUUCUGGCGUUUUAGUUGUCACAACAGUUACAUUAAUGAAUUUUCCUGUAAUCCUCGCAUGAUAUGAGCUCGGGAAAAACAUGUAUAAAGGGUCUUUUUUGACCCCAAAGUGAUUCUAGCAACUAAGUGGCAAUAAAGCAUAAAAUAUUUCCACAAAAAUAGUAACCCCCUAUGGUAAUACCCAUGAACAUGGUUUGAAAUUACAGCUCCAUUAUUACAUGCUGUUAUUAAGUUG